CGUCGUCUCUUGCUCUUCUCUUUCCUGAACUUCACCGACGAUGACAUCCAGGCUAGGGCAGCGACGGCGACGCGACAGGCGCGAAGAGGAUGCUGACGCGACGCUCGGCCGCCUCGGGCCCGAGUUCAACGAGGAGCAGCUGGCGCGCGAGGGCGGCGGCGCGCUCAUGCUCAGCGAGGUGCGCCUCCUCAUGCAGCGCGCCGCCGAGGGCGACAAGUCCGAGGAGCCGGGCAACCGCGACCCCAACACGAUGCCGACAUUUAAAAAGUGCUACGAAUACGUAGACAUGUUUAGCAAGUACCGUGACGAAGAGGUAGCCCGGAGCGCACGAAAGGAGCUCGACGAGUACGGCUACUUUGAGCAGUACGACGAGGAGGGAAACGUGCUGCCGGCCGACGAGUCGCGCCUGAUGCUGACCCGGUUCGAAAUGGCCCAGCUGGCGAACCUGAGCAUCGAGUCCGUCGAGGAGGCAAAGGUUCUCAUCCCAACCCUCGGCGCAAAGGACGACCAGCAGCUCGAGAGCCUGCUCAACGAGCUGGCGACGAAGCGCAAGUUUCAGGCGUGAUGCUGUCUUUGCAAAACAGAAAAGAAGCCACAUGUAUUUGUACAAUUGUCAAGUAGAGCUAGAGCACUCAAUCCAUCAUUCCCCGG